CGCAGUCAGAUUCAGUCUCUCCGUCUCACUCGGUGCAGUUCUUCUCAGGAACCAGGCCACCAGCCGUGAUGCAGCGGGCUUUGUUCAGCCGCAGCGCGCUCCUCGCCCAGCAGGCAGCAGCGGCCCUCGACAGUCCGCUGGCAUCAAGGAGCGCGCCCCUGCUGCAGCGACUGGACCGCUCCAUGUCCUCCGUUACCAUCCCGCCGCCGGCAUGCAUGCUCCGGCCGCUGGAAGCUCCACUGCGAUACCUGUUCGGACCGGGACCCUCAAACGUUCCUCCUCGUAUCUUAGCUGUAGGUGCCAAACCGAUUAUUGGUCACCUGCAUCCAGAAAUGUAUGAGAUCAUGAAUGAUAUCAAACGAGGGAUCCAGUACGCCUUUCAGACGGAGAACAACAUGACGAUAUCUAUGAGCGGCUCCGGGCACGCGGCCAUGGAGUGUGCCGUGUUCAAUACGGUGGAGCCCGGAGAGAGCGUGCUCGUCGCCGUCAACGGAAUCUGGGGAGAGCGCGUUGCAGAAAUCGCAGAAAGAAUGGGUGCUAAUGUACAUAGAAUGGUAAAAACACCUGGAGGAUAUUUCAGCAAUAAGGAAAUUGAACAGGCCGUAGAAAAGCACAAGCCUGUCCUGUUUUUCCUCACACAUGGAGAGUCCUCUGCUGGCCUCUGUCACCCAGUGGAUGGCAUUGGAGACAUCUGCAGAAAACAUAACUGCCUCUUCCUGGUUGACACAGUUGCAUCUCUUGGUGCAGCACCAAUCUUUAUGGACAAGCAAAAUAUUGACAUCCUGUACACGGGUUCUCAGAAGGCUCUGAAUGCACCUCCUGGCACAGCACCCAUCUCCUUUAAUGAGAGAGCAUGCCACAAGAUGUUUAACAGGAAAACAAAACCAGUAUCCUACCUCUUCGAUAUGACACAUUUGUCAAACUACUGGGGCUGUGAUGGCAAACCAGCCAGAUUAUACCACCACACUGGUCCAGUGUCCGGAUUUUUCGCCCUGAGAGAGAGUCUGGCAAUUCUUGCUGAGAGGGGGCUGGAGGAGUCCUGGAAGAAACACAAGGAGGUGGCAGCCUACCUGUACAGAGGACUGGAGGACUUGGGCCUCAAGCUUUUCAUCCCUGAAAGGGACUUGAGGCUUCCCUCCGUCACCACCAUUGCCAUCCCCGAUGGCUACGAGUGGAGGGAGCUGCUGGCCUACAUCAUGAAACACCACCAGAUGGAGAUGACAGGAGGCCUGGGCCCUUCCAUCGGCAUGGUGAUGAGGAUUGGAUUGAUGGGAUACAACUGCGAGAAGACUAAUGCUGACAUGGCACUGAAUGCCCUGGCAGACGCUCUCAAGAACUGCAAAAAGAGCAAGGCUUAGGGGACCAGAUCCUCAGAAUAAAAAGUGAUGCAGGACACCUGGAACAGUGCAUGCAUUUCAGGAUUUUUUCUUUGCUUUUCACUGCAGUGACUUUAUAAAACACAGGCCACGUGCCUCUCGUGUAUAAGUAGACUAGUUUUGAAAUAAAGGAGCAUAUAUUGUCGUAUGGCCCACGCUUCGUGCACUGAAAGAUGUCAAUAAAGUGUGCUUUAUUUUAUCAAA